UUUUCUUUAAAACUCCCACUCUCUCACCUCUUAAACCUCUUGUUUAAGAGGUAACUCUUACACUGUUUCGCGGGUCCCACGCACACGUGGUGACCCGCGAUUGGUCAGUCUUUUUUUUUUUUUUUUUUUUUUUAAAAAAAUCGAUUAAUAUUAAAAAAAAAAAAAAAAAGUUAUGAACCCCAAAAUUGGGGGUUCAGGGAUGGAGAUGGUCUUAGGGUCCUCACACUAACCGCGUUAAUCUUCCCCCUCUUACAAAAAUAAACCAUUCCACAAAAGACCCAACCAAACACACUCAUCGCCAUGAGAAGUCUUCUUCAAUGGCAUUUAACUAUUACUUUCUAUCUCUCCUCCUUCUUCUUGUCUCCUCUUCCUCCUCCUUACUCUGCUUCUCCUUGACCACUGUCUCCAUCUCCCACACCUCUGAUCAAACCCUCGUAUGUGCUCUCACCAACACCUCUCAUCUUCACUGCACCAGCCUCCAAAUCAAUCCUAUUCGUUUCUCUUUAACCGGCACGCUCCGGAACCGUAGAUUCUCCGGAGUUGUGUCCGGAAACGGGUUCGUCUGCGGUUUGAGAUCCCCCUUAGGUUCCAACACUUCUACAGUCAUUUGCUGGAGAUUCUCAGGUAACGGAGCUAACAUGUCGUACAAGAGAAUCUACAAAGGUCCGGAGCUCAAGGAGUUAGAAGCUAGCACUUCUCGUAUCUGCGGAGUUGAGAAAGUCACGAGCCUCACACGUUGCUGGCAACCUGUCUCUCCUCCUCCACGGUCGGGUAACUACGACUCCAUCGCCCUCGGAGAUGACUUUCUCUGUGGUUUAUCCAAGCCACCUGGAAACAUCAUCUGUGAAGGUAACAUAACCAACGUGCCUAGCGAGGACAGCUUCAUAGCCAUCGCGGCUGGCUCAAGACGAGCGUGUGCCAUCACAGCAGACAACGAUGUGAAGUGUUGGGGAGAGAGGUCUACUACUACUACCUCUCCGCCAAGUGAAAAAUUCUCAGCACUUGCACUCGGGGAGAACCGUAGCUGCGGUGUUAGAUCGGUUAACGGAACGGUGACGUGUUGGGGAAGUAACAACAACAACAACGGUUUCAGUUUACCUCAGAGACUCGAGAAUAUUAGUUUCGCAUCUAUUUACGCGAAAGGGUCAAUCUUUUGCGGUGUGGCCAAAGCAAACUACACUCUGUUUUGCUGGGGAGAUGAUGAGAAUGUUUUCGCUCCGUUCCGAGACCAACCUCUACUUCCAGGACCGUGUAGAAAAGAAUGUCCUUACGGUCCGUUACCAGGAUCAGUUUCGUUAUGCGGUAAUGAAUUGAUGGUUUGUGAUUCUAUGAACAUAGUUCUCGUUCCGGAUACGCCACGGGGGCAAGGGCAACAACAAGACUCUAAGGACAAGACUUGGAGUGGUAAAAACAUCGCGUUUCUUGUCGUCGGAUGCGUUGGGACGUGUUCUUUGCUCCUCGUUGUCGGAUUCUUGGUCUAUAAAAGCCAAUGUCGAUGCCGUGUUCAUGACUCCGGACGUCUUGAUGAUAAUAGGAUUAUUGUGGACAUAAACGAACCUAAGCUCGAGAAGAGGCUGAGCAGUUUAGCUAGUUUAGGCAACCACGGCCAGCUCGUUGAGUUCUCUAUCGAGGAGCUGGCUAAAGCCACGGACGGAUUCUCCGCUCAGUUCCAGCUCGGGAUAGGAAGUUUCGGGAUCGUUUACAAAGCUGUUCUGUCUGAUGGACGUCACGUCGCUAUAAAACGAGCCGAACUAACUAACCCCGCCUCCUCCGGGAUAACGAGGAUCCGAAACCGACGAGAGGACAAUGACUCCGCGUUCGUCAACGAGCUAGAGUCCAUGUCGAGGCUUAACCACAAGAACCUCGUUAGACUUUUAGGUUUCUACGACGACGCGGAAGAGAGGGUGUUGGUUUACGAGUACAUGGCCAACGGGUCUCUCGCGGACCACCUUCAUAACCCUAGGCUCGAACCCCUGACGUGGGAGAAACGCUUGACGAUAGCUCUCGACGCAGCGCGUGGGAUACAGUACCUCCACGACUUCGCCGUGCCUCCUGUGAUCCACCGCGACAUAAAGUCUUCCAACAUACUGCUCGACGCCACGUGGACGGCUAAGGUGUCGGACUUCGGUCUCUCUCAGAUGGGUCCCACCGAGGAGGAAGACGUGUCGCAUCUCUCGCUGCGAGCCGCUGGUACGCUCGGGUAUAUAGACCCGGAGUACUACAGGCUCCAGCAGCUCACGACCAAGAGCGAUGUCUACAGCUUCGGCGUCGUGCUGCUUGAGUUGCUGUCGGGACACAAGGCGAUACACAUGAACGAGGAGGAGAACCCUAGGAACGUGGUGGAUUUCGUGGUGCCUUAUAUUCUGCAGGACGAGGUUCAUAGAGCACUUGACCGGAGGAUACCGCCGCCCACACCGUACGAGAUAGAGUCGGUGGCGCAUGUCGGGUACUUGGCGGUGGAGUGCUUGGUGCCUUGUGGCCGGGAAAGACCGUCAAUGGCGGAGGUAGUUAGUAACCUAGAGAAGGCUUUGGCUGCUUGUUUAGCAGCUCCAGAGACCGAACCUCUUUCACGUUCCGCUAGUAAUUAGACACGUGUCACUUUAUAUUUUUUUGUUUAUAUUAUUUUCAAUUCUAUUGGUCGUCCUUGGUACGGAAAUGUUGAUAAUACUUUUCAAAGAAGAAACCGUGGCACAAGCAGUUUGUUUGAUGUGAAAGCUCAAAAAGCAAAAGCCAAUAAGAAACGCUGCUGCAUGUUUCAAGCAUUUACAUGAGAUUCCAAGUCAGUCGUUUUGGAGACUAAAAAGUAGUAUAAAAAGCUUAUAAACUUGUUUUAGAUUC